AUGCAUACACCAACUAUUUUCAACCAAACUAAUCACACCAGAACUGCCCGCUAUGACGGCGCUGGCCCCAAUAAAUACUUGAGCGACUCAGAUAGCUAUAAUGAUGAAUCUGAUUGCGGAUCAGAUGAUUAUAAUAACCAUGAAUCCAAUUGCGAAUCAGAUAGUGAAGAAGUUUUCUGCGCUUCAACCAGCACUACCGUGGCUCCAUCAUUUCCGUUACCAAGACAAGAAAAGUUUAAUAACAACUUCACUCCUAAGGACCUGCUAAAUAGUAUUCAGAAAAUUCUUUCAUCACCGCUUAGAGAUAUGUCAAAUGAUAAAGGCUUAUUAGAUUGCCUUCCAAUCUAUUCAUUCCUCUUUUUGAAUGAAAAGGGGUCUAGUUUAUAUAAUGCUUAUGAUCGGGAUGAAGUGAAAAAUAAAUUGGUUAUCAAAAUUGACCAAGACGCUAAUUGGGCUCUGAAGUUUUCUGUUGCAGACGACAUUUCCGAAGUAUAUGGUUUACCCAGAAUUCAUGAAUGUAUUAAUGGUCAAAAGCCUUUAAGACCUGUGAUUGAUAUCGAUGCUACAUAA